UUGCAUGAUGAACGUGGCUUCCACAAUCUUACUAUUUCUACUCGCUUUCUCUUUCCACGCUUCACACUCUUCUUCUUCAUCACUCACCAAGGGCUCAUCCCUCUCCGUAGAAAAACCGAACGACGUUAUCGUCUCCCCAAACGCCGUUUUCUCCGCUGGCUUCGUGGCCAUCGGUGAAAACGCCUACACCUUCGCCAUAUGGUUCACACAAACUCAAACUCAAACUCAUUCCCACCCCACAAUGGUGUGGAUGGCGAACCGUGAAAACCCCGUUAACGGAAAACGCUCCAAGCUCUCCCUCUUACAAACGGGUAACCUCGUAUUAUUCGACGCAGGUCAACAAAACGUGUGGUCCUCAAACACCGUUUCAUUAGCCCUAACGGAGUUGCGUCUGAAAGACGAUGGAAACCUCGUGUUGCAUGAGUUUCAAGGAGGAAAUUCUCUUCUUCUGUGGCAAAGCUUUGACUUCCCCACUCACACUCUCCUUCCGGGUCAACCUCUUACGCGACACACGCAACUCGUGUCUUCACGAAGCGAGAGUAACCACUCUUCCGGUUUCUACAAACUCUUCUUCGACGAUGACAACGUUCUUCGUCUUAUCUACGAUGGCCCUGAUGUUUCCAGCGUUUACUGGCCAAACCCGUGGCUGGUAAGUUGGGACGCUGGAAGGUCCACUUACAAUAGCAGUAGAUUUGCGGCGUUGGAUUCACUCGGAAGAUUCCUUUCAUCCGAUGAUUUCACUUUCAAAACUUCUGAUUAUGGUGUUGUGAACAAGAGAAGGUUGAAGAUUGAUUGUGAUGGCAACCUAAGAGUGUAUACCAUGCGUGAUGAUGAGUCAAAUAGGUGGUUUGUUUCGUGGCAAGCUAGGGCUGACACGUGUAACAUCCAUGGGAUUUGUGGGGCUAACAGUGUGUGUAGUUAUGAUGCUAAAGUUGGAAGGAAGUGUUCGUGUCUUCCUGGGCAUAGAGUGAAGAAUCAUAGCGAUUGGUCUUAUGGAUGUGAGCCCUUGUUUGUUUUCACUUGCAAUGGAAGUGAGUCUAGCUUCUUGGAGAUGCCGGGGGUUGAGAUUUAUGGCUAUGAUUCUAAUUAUUCUGAGCCGAAUACUUUAGCCUAUUGUGAGAAUUUGUGCUUGGAAGAUUGCAAUUGUAAGGGGUUUCAGUACUCGUACAAUGAUGGUGAGAACCAUUUCAAGUGCUACACCAAGUCACAACUUCUCAAUGGGAGAAGUACACCGAAUUUCCAAGGAACUAUGUACUUGAGAGUUCCGAAAAAUCAUAGCCGUUUUCAUCAGGAAUCGUUUGUUGGGUACAACACGCGAGUCUGUUUUGUGCAGAUUCCAAGAGUGUAUGCUGGAGAUCAUGUAAGCCGGAUUUUGAGAUUUUUUCUUUGGGUUGCUGUUGCGGUUGGUGGUUUUGAAACCGUUUGCAUUUUUGUUGUGUGGGUUUUCGUAGUUAGGACACGCCAAAAGUCUUCUACAGAUCAGAAUGGGUACCAUGUUGUGACUAAUAGGUUCAGAAAAUAUAGUUAUUCUGAAUUGAAGAAGGCCACAAAGGGGUUCAGUGAAGAGAUUGGAAAGGGUGGAGGAGGGGUUGUGUACAAAGGCAUUUUAUCAGAUCAAAGACAUGCUGCAAUCAAGAGACUCUAUGAAGCUAAACAAGGAGAAGGGGAAUUCCUUGCUGAAGUCAGCAUCAUUGGAAGGCUUAACCACAUGAACUUGAUUGAAAUGUGGGGUUAUUGUGCUGAGGGAAAGCAUAGGUUGUUGGUGUAUGAGUACAUGGAGAAUGGUUCUUUGGCACAAAAACUCUCAUCCAACACACUUGAUUGGGAUAAGAGAUAUAACAUUGCUCUUGGAGUGGCAAGAGUUCUAGCAUAUUUGCAUGAAGAAUGUUUGGAGUGGAUUUUGCAUUGUGAUAUAAAACCCCAAAACAUACUUCUUGAUUCUAGUUAUGAACCCAAGGUAGCAGAUUUUGGGCUGUCCAAGCUACUAAACAGAAACAACCUCAACAAUUCAAGUUUUUCAAUGAUCAGAGGAACAAGAGGGUAUAUGGCACCUGAAUGGGUUCUGAACUUAGCAAUCACCUCAAAGGUUGAUGUUUACAGCUAUGGAAUUGUUCUUUUGGAGAUGAUAACUGGGAAGAGUCCAAUCCAAAACAUUGAUGGAGAAGACUCGUAUAAUGGAAGGUUGGUAACUUGGGUGAGAGAGAAAAGAAGUGGCACGUCUUGGCUAGAGCACAUAAUUGAUCCUGCAAUUAAAACAAAUUAUGAUGAAUGUAAGAUGGAGAUUUUGGUUAAAGUGGCUUUGCAUUGCGUUGAGGAAGACAAAGAUAUAAGACCCACCAUGAGCCAAGUGCUGGAAAUGCUUCAAAGCCAUGAAAGUGAUCCUCAGUAA